CGCACGGGAAGUGGGCGGGGCCGACGGAGCGACUCGUGGCGCGGAGCACAGAGCAAGACUGGCUGGACGCCCCCUAGCACCAGCGCCCGGGAUGCCCUCAGGAUGGCCUCUGGUGCCCCUAAAGAGAGCAGCCCAAGAGCCAGCCCCACCGAGGAGGCCCAAGUGUUCCUGGAUGGCUUCCUGCGGGACUUCCCGGCCCCUCCGGGUCCAGAGACCCCCCUGCCAUGGAAGGCCCCGUGUGCAGUCCUGAGCCAUGAGGAGGUGCAGGGCGAGCUGGCUGAGCUGGCGCUGAGCUUCCUGGGCAGCAGGAGCACGCCGCCCGCACUGGCCUCGGCCCUGGCCCACGCAGCCAUCUCUCGGCUGCUGCAGACAGACCUCUCAGAGUUCGAGAACCCGCCAGUGACUGAGGAUGAGGACGGUGGAGAGGAAGAGGACAAGUUACCUGACUCUGUGGACCGAGCCUACUUUGCCGUGUUCGAUGGUCACGGAGGGGUGGACGCCGCAAAGUUCGCCUCAGUGCACGUACACACCAAUGCUGCCCGCCAGCUAGGACUGGCCACGGACCCUGCAGGGACCCUUAGGGAAGCCUUCCGGCUCACCGACGAGAUGUUCCUCCGGAGAGCCAAGCGAGAGCGGCUGCAGAGCGGCACCACGGGCGUGUGCGCCCUCAUUGCUGGGGGCACCCUGCACAUCGCCUGGCUCGGGGACUCCCAGGUUAUCCUGGUGCAGCAGGGACAGGUGGUGGAGCUGAUGGAUGCCCACAGGCCCGAGCGACAGGAUGAGAAAGAGCGCAUCGAAGCGCUGGGCGGCUUCGUGUCCCACAUGGACUGCUGGAGAGUCAACGGGACCUUGGCGGUUUCCAGGGCCAUUGGGGACAUCUUCCAGAAGCCUUACGUGUCGUCCGAGGCAGACGCGGCUUCCCGGGAGCUGACCGGCUCCGAGGACUACCUGCUCCUCGCCUGCGACGGCUUCUUUGACUUCGUGUCCCCCGAGGAUGCCAUGGGCCUUGUCCACAACCACCUGGCCCGGCACCAGGGCAGUGGGCUUCACGUGGCAAAGGAGCUGGUGGCAGCCGCCCAGGAGCAGGGCUCCCGAGACAACAUCACCGUCCUGGUGGUCUUCCUCAGGGACCCCCAGGACGUGCUGAAGGCUGGGCCCCUGGAGGCGGGAGCUGUGCACUCUGAGCCCUCGGAGCUGAAUGGUGCCAAGAAGCUGGGGGGCGCGGGCCCUGCCCUCCCCACCUUGCCCUGUGACUCUGCCCCUCCAUUGCCUUAGGAACGGAGUGGGCGGGGCUGUGUGUGUGAACCCACACCCACACGCCUACCACCGCCACCACCCACCCCCUGCCAGAGCCCUUGCUUAGUGCCUGCCCCAGGCUGGGGGACUGUGCAUCCUUUGGGUGGCAGGGGGCGUGCA